AUGUGCCAUAUGUUGGUGCAGCCGGUGUACUUGGACCGUAAGAUUGAACCGGAUUUCACAGUAGACUUGUUUGUAUUUCUGGAUAUUAGAUUCUUGGGUCCUAAAUAUCGAGUCGUGAUCGAUUUGGUCAUCGAUAGAGGUAAGCGUGUACAGACCAACAACUAUAUCUUACGCGCUUUUUCGGGUAUCCUGCAAACAAUAUUUGGCUCCGAGUAUUACUUUGGCUUACCCUUCAGCGGCUUCUACGUGGCAUUGCUUUGGAGGACUAAGAGUGGCCAAUACCUUCCCAGAGACGAAUGGCAACAGGAUACCUUCCCGUCAUGGUCAUGGGCAGCAAUACAAGGCGAGAUGGAGUUGCUGUAUCCUAAGUUUGGAGCUAUAUCCAGGUGGAGAGAUCAUUUUGCUGGGCCAUUGGCUCUGUGGGCGGUCCCAGAUGCCGAUACUGGGAAGCCCAGGAUCAUUCGAUACCAGUCCGGAGGUAGUGGCCCAUCUGCUCUAACAAGGUCUAGUACUCUACUGUCUGCAGUGAUGGCAUACAAAGCUGGAUGCUACCCAGGCACUAUCCACCCCGAAUUAGAAACCGACAGGACAUGGAAGCAAUAUGAGGAAUUGCUUCACAAAAUCUGGUCAUCGUAUCAUGACUUUUUCAACGACGCGCUUGGCUUGCUCUAUCUCGAUAGUGUGCAGCACGAUAUUCUAAUUAACCAUAUCUCCGAAAGAUUUGGGCGCAUAGGAAAAGCUGGCAAGGCUUAUAUUUACACACAGUCUCUACGCGUCCGAGUGGUGCCGUCACAUGAAUCGCGUGGUGGAUACUCUCCUGGUGGAGCUGUGGAGCUGCAGACUGAGUUGGGUGCUUCUAUAGGCUGGUUACUCCCAAGGACAAUAGCUCAUAAGAAACUCUUUGAUCUUCAGAACCCGUGCCCUGAUAUUUUCUUCAAUGCUUUGGCUCUUUCGCUUGGGGCCAUUCGUCUUACGGGCUUUGAUGAUCAUAAUAUCAACAAAGUCUGCUGCUUUGACUGUAAAGGGGUGCCCAUGAAGUUCCAAUCUCACCCCUUUGGCUCGGUGGUCGAUCUGAUGAUUGUUGAAACCAGAGAUGGCGUCAGUAGGCGCAUCGCACUCGGGCGAGCAUUUCUAAGGAUCUGGGUCAAUGCUUCCCCGAAGUUUCAGAGUUUUAUUCUUGUAUGA